GCCAGUACAAGAAAAUUUCAUAUUUUUGCAAAGUCAACACAUAUUUAUCUCUGUCAUGCAUGCUCGACUAAAGCAAGACAGACCCAGUCCUGGUCCAGUGAAAGAAUGCAACACUCGCUCAAAACAGAAGAACCGGUCUGCAUGCAGUGGUUAACCUCUAAAAUCGGACAAAUGUGGUUAUGAAGCUUUGCUUAAUUCAAAUACAUGCAUUAAAGCAAGCGAAAUUUGCUGUUUUUGUGCUUCAACAUGCCGAUUGACCAUAAGCGAAUCAAUGGGCCAGAUGAAAGCGUCCCUAACCCAAGCAAAGGGUUCGGCCUACAUCGAAAUAGGCGACACCAAAGUAAUAGUUUCGGUGUUUGAUCCCAGGGAAAUUCCAAACCGAAUAGACUAUGGACUAAAGGGCGAAGUCUACUGCGAGUUCAAGUACGCGCCAUUUAGUUGUAAGAAACGAAUGAUGCAUCAGCAAAACACGAAACUGCACUCGCAGACCCAAAUUUGCCAGUUUUAUCAGCGCGGCUUCAUGUCCAAGGAGAACGUGAAGAAAUGCAUCGAAGUUCUGUCCAAACAGUGUGAUAAUAUUGUUCCGAUUGUACAGAAAUGCUUAGUUAAGAGGAUUGUGCACGAUAUUAAAGGAGAUCAAUGAUU